GAUGGCGGCUCCUCUCUGCGUGUGCGGCGCUCGUUGGUAAAAUAGCCGCAUGCGCACUAGUGGCAUGACUCCAGACUCAGGCGGAGAAGGAAACAUGGCGGAGCCGGAACCCAAAAGGAAGAUCCCGCUGGUGCCGGAGAACUUGCUGAAGAAGAGGAAGGCGUAUCAGGCCCUCAAGGCCACCCAGGCAAAGCAGGCGCUGUUGGACAAGAGGAAGCACCAGAAGGGGAAGCAGAUACAGUUUAAACGUAUUGAGACAUUUGUUCGAGAUUCCCGGCGCAAACACAGAGAUGAGGUCCGGUUGAAGCGCAUGGAACAGAAGCCUGGCCAAAUGGUUCUACCUCAGGGACAGAAGUUGGCCUUUGUUGUACGGAUUGCAGAGAUUAAAGGGGUGAGUCCAAGGGUGCGGAGGGUGAUAGAGAUGCUGCGGUUGAGGAAGAUUUUCAGUGGCACAUUCAUUAAACUGACUCCAGCCUCACUGAAGAUGCUGCGCACUGUGGAGCCCUAUGUAGCAUGGGGACAUCCCAAUCUGAAAUCUGUACGAGAGCUCAUCCUGAAACGAGGUCAAGCAAAGAUCAACAAGAAGAAGGUCCCUUUGACAGACAACAUUCUGAUAGAGGAGCAUCUAGGGAAGUUUGAUGUCAUUUGCCUGGAAGAUCUUAUUCAUGAAAUUUAUUCAGCUGGGCAGCAUUUCCGAGAAAUCACUAAUUUCUUAUGGCCAUUUCAUCUCUCUGUUGCUCGCCAUGCUGCACGUAACAAAGUGGGUUUCCUCAAGGAGAUAGGUGAACCUGGGUACCGAGGCGAGGGAAUCAACAAGCUCAUACGUCAGCUGAACUAGUCAGGGUCCAUAUGAGGAUUUUAGGUUUUUUGUCUCCUGCGCCUUGCUGAAUGUUUGUUCUUGAAGACUGUUGGAACUGAGCAAUGUGACAUUACAUCUCCUGUCUGAUAACUUCUUCUGCCUUCAAGGAGAAAUCAUGCCUGAGGGAGAUCGAUUUAGUACUGUUCCUUCUCCAGGAAGAAGUCAAAUUGCUAUCCAAUAUGAGCAAAAAGUGACUUGAACUUCUGGGGAGCAGAACUUUCCUGUACAUCUGAUGAAACAGACAUCACUAAAACAAAUUUUUACUAUUGUUGGUUUUACACCAUCUUUCUUUUGAAGGAUCUGUCCUUUGGAAUGAACUUGUACUUGCAAACAAGGGGUUUGGAAGAUUGGGGGGGGGGGUCCCCCACUAUUAUUUAAUCCUUCAUUGCAGCUGACUUGUGCCUGAGGAUCUUGUGAUUCAGCAUUCCCAAAUAGAAUCAGUUUGUCUCUAGUGACCUGCACUUUCCUCCAGCUACAAAUUUCCCUUAGUAUCACAGUCGCCUGGUAAGAUGUUUAUCCUUCCUGAUGCACAGUUAAGGCUGAGGAGUGUAUUGUAAAUACAUCCCUCAGUCACUGUUGCUGGGCAAGCUGCUAGCACUAAACAAACUAAUAGAUGUUCUAGAAAUAUUCAAAAAUAAGCAGACCAUGCUUAGGCCACUGCAAAAGUGGUGAUCUGCUGCUGCUGCUUGAUCACAGGAUGCCUUUUAGGUUCUCCUAAAUCAGACUUUACAGGGACUCACCAUUUCCCUGAAAGGAAAUCUUAUUUGACCUUUACCUCAUUGAUUAAAGCUGUAAAGAAGUCCUUUCUUACUCAGUGGGACUUUCAAAUAAAUUGUUAUCAAACU